AAUGCUGUCUGUCAGUUAACUGUCAUCUCAGUCUUCAUUGUUAUAAAAAUUUUAUUGCGACGAUUUUAUUGUGUUCUUCCGAUCACUUCGAAUCUACAAAAAAUCUCUUUGCAAAGUAAAUUGAGAAACAAUAUCUGAAAUGGCUAGGCCAGGGAAAGAAGAUGCCGCUGAAGAUGCGAAGAAGAUAGUAGAUGAUGCAAAGAAUUUUAUUGAAAAGGCAAUAUCAGAUAUUGGUAAAACGUCUGCAACAAAGCAGUUAAUUUUAGGAACUACGUCAGGGUGGAUCACUGGUUUCCUAUCUAUGAAAAUAGGUAAGAUAGCUGCAGUUGGUUUGGGAGGCAGUGUUAUUCUAUUACACAUUGCCAGCCAGAAGGGAUACAUUGAUAUUAAUUGGGACAAAAUCAACAAGAGAGUUGAUAAAAUCAGCGAUAAGAUAGAGAAAGAAGCGACUGGAAAAUCUCCCGAUUGGAUUGAAAAAGUUGAGAGAUUUGUGGAUCGCAAAUUGGACAAAGCUGAAGACCUAUUGAAGAAAAAAGAAGUUAAAGCUAAACGCUGGGUCCAUAACAUAACUGGAGAUGACCACUAUCGUGCUACUGAGUCUCACGUAUUUCUGGCAUCAUUUGUUGCUGGAAUGGCCGUUGGUCUCCUCUGCGGGAAGUAGAUUGUAAGUCAGGGAUAAAUAAAUAUAACUUACAAAAAUAAUCAGUAAAUGUUCACCAUAACUUUUUUGAAAUAGAUCACAAUAUAGUGAUAGAAUUUGGAACCUAGGUAUAUAGCUUGUUGAAUAUAAAAUAUAACAAUUAAUUUACUCCUCUUUUUAACAUUAAAUUCAUUUAUCAUUCUCAAGGAGCAUAAUAAUCGAAUUUGUUUUUAUGCAAUUGCUGAGGACAAAAGUUAAAUAACUUUCUUCAACAGCAGUAUCAUGAUAGUUGUUGAUUGUAAUGAUUUCUUUUAAUAAGAACAACGAAAAGGAAACCAUCUAACUCUUAACAUACUUAUUUUGUUUUUUUUAUUAUUAAAAUUAUAGUAUUGAGAAUACCCAAAUACCAUGUAGUCCCUGUGUGUUGUUUAAGAUCAAUGUGAUUGGGGUUCCUUAACUGCCUACCCACACACAUUUUCGUUCCUGCGAUGGGAUUGUAAUAAGUGUGAAUAGAUUUAAAAAAUCAUCUCAUUUUGAAGUAUUAUUAUUGACCUAUUUAAAAUCGAAUAAUUAUAUAAAUGAUGUAUGUAGUAGUGCUUACUAUAGUCGUCACGAAAUAAGAGGUCAACUCUGACAUUUGUCAGUCUAUGUACCGUUAAAACUUGUUGUGAAUGUUCAAGUAAAAAAUUAAAAAGGUCGAAUUCAUAAUAUUACUUAAUUACGUUACUCGUUAUAAUUUCAUAAAAAAUAUAAACUUCAAAUGUAUCUUUAUAAUUUAUAGAAAUGCAUUUAAAUAGAAAAAUAUUCAGAUAAUAUUCUUAAAGGACUUAAGGAAUAUUCAGACAAUUUCAAAUCGAAUAUGUGUUUGGUUUAGGUAAUUUAAUAUAAGUAUCACCUGGCUGGAACUGGCUGGGCAACUGUCUGCCGUGCAACGUGUAGCGUGUUCGAUUCUCGGUCAUAAGCAGCAACCGAUCUUAUUUACCUCUCACUACAUGGCAACUGUCAGAGUUGACCAUUUUGUGACGACUAUAGGUCAAUCUAAGAUGUUUGUAGUAAGCAUUAGUGUAGGAUUUAAUCUCUUUAAGAAAUAAUUAUACCUUACCCUUAUUAAUAAAUUAUUUAUUUAAAUACUGA